AUGUCCGUUGGAUCUCCUGUUCCGGUAUGGGUACGUUUUGGUGCCGUUAAAGAAGUAAGCUUUGUUGGGAGUGAUAUAAUAUGUGUUAGUGGUGAAUCUGAUUGCCAUUUAUUAUUUCACAAUAUAAACACCGGUGAAAAUUUAUUCUAUAAAUCGAAUUCGAAGGAAACAGGUGAUGGUAUUAAAUGUUUUGAUGGCCAUAAAAAAUUUCCAGUUAUUGCUAUAGCAGAAUUAUGUUUGAAACCACGUAUAAUUGUUAUUGCAUAUCCAAAUUUUGAACAUAUUGUUCAAAUGAAAGAUGCCGCAACAAUUGGCUAUUUAGCGAUUGCAUUUUCUGCAACAGAAUAUUUAGUUGCACUGACAUCUUUACCAGAAUUUGCUGUUAUUGUUUGGAUAUGGCGAACUGGUGAAAAAUUAGCGAUUAAACAAUCAAAUAUGUUUUAUGAUAAUCAAAUUUUGAAAUACAGUAAUUCAAGUGCAUUUAUUCAAGUUGCUACAAAUUCUAUACGCUCAUAUACUGUUUGGGAUUUACAUGUUUGUGGUAAACGAUGUGCUUUAAGCUCGGCCACGGUAAAUUUACCGCAUGGCCAUGAAGGUAUAUGUGACGUCUUAUAUACACCAAAUGGAAAUGUUUUGGUUUUAGAUUCUGGCGCUAAUAUUUAUGAAAAACUUGUAAAUGAAAAUAAAACAGAAAUGGUUAUAAAAUGGACCGGAAAAGAUGACGAUGACGUAAGACAAGGCAAAUGCAGUUUUCCUUGUUUUACAUGGCAUUUAGAAGGCAUUGUUGUAGCAGGACGAACUUCAAGUAUUACUUAUUAUGUACAAGAUCCAAUAACAUUAAAAUGGGCUGCAAAUUUACGGUUGGACGGAUAUUAUACAUUGCAUUAUUUACGAUCGAUAACCCUUAAAGAUACAGAACAUUUAUAUGCUUCAGCUAUGGAUGGACGUAUUAAUAUAAUUGAAAUAAAUGAAGAAAUAAUCAAUGAAGUUCAAUCAUUUCCGUUAUUCACGCGUUGUAUUUCAUUUACAUUUAUUUGGCCCGUAGGUGAAUAUGUGGUUACAUUAAAUCAGUAUUAUGAUUUAAUUGUAUGGAAAAUUGAAAUUGGAAAGCCUGUAUCAGUAGUACAUUUACAAACACCUACAGUUUAUAUUUUUGGAAACCCCGAAUGGCCCAUACUUAAUUUAGGUUGUGAAGAUGGUACGUUGAUGUUUCUUAAUGCUUAUGAUGUAUACGAUAUAAAAUUAAUGAAAACGAUACGUCUUAUGAGCCAUCCAAUUGAAACUGUUCGAAUUACGCCAGAUGGAGAGUACACUUUGGUUGGUAAUAAUUCUUUUGGAAUGUAUUUUGUUUUAAAGGGUAAUCCAAAAACUGGUUGGUGGGUAAUAUCGCACAUUGAUUUUAGCUCGCAGAUUGUAUGCAGCUAUUUACCAGAUCAUAUCGAUAAAAAAACAUUGAUUGAACCACAAAAACGUAAAAUGACUUUAUUAUCAAAUUAUACACAAAUCCAACCAACUAGAAUUCAUACAUCCGAAAAUAUGUUUUAUGGUGUACCCCAUGGUUCUAGGCAAUUACAUCAAUUAUUCGCAAAUGAAGAAACGAAUAAUUUUGUCAUAAUGAAAUCGGACCAUAGUGGACAUCAAUUGAGUAUGUAUUCGACAUAUCGCGAUGCUUAUCACUUCAUGACCUACGGUAUUGAUGGCAUGUGCUUUAUUUACGAUGAAACUUGUACAGAAUUACGUUGCAAAUUACAAUUGCAUCAUCGAUUACGAGGCGGUAUUGAAAAAGCGAUUAUUGAUCCAACAGGACGCUAUGUUGUUAGCAUGAGUAAAUCAAAAACUUUGAUUUGCACUAAAAUUGAUUGUGAAGGAGUAACUGGUAUAAAUAUUGUAAAUAAUUUGAAGAAAAGUAUGCAAGAAUAUUCGUAUAAAGAGAAUUUUAAUUUACACGAAUCAUUUCAUGAUGGAUAUGAAAUCCUGGAUAUUUCUCAAGAUCCAACCACAUCAACUACAACUGUAUUUUCAUCACUUUCCCAAAAACCGGCAUUAUUAUUGAAAUUUAAGGAUAUUCGAGAAAAAACUAUGGCUUUUAAGGGGAUUAUUUCAACUCAAAGAACUAAUAUUCCAACUUGGCUAGAAUUGGUUGAACAAGAAAAACUAAUGAGUGAAGCAAUACAAUGUGCUACGGCAAGACAAGAAAUAUUUGAUGGACUGAAAAAAAUACGUAGCCGUUUAUCAGAAAUGUUAGAUGCAAAUGAACGUGCCCCAGAAAAUGAAAAAUUACCAAUAUCAGCAUUUAAUUUAGAUGAAGAAUGGGUUGAUGCUAAGAAUGAAGAAAAUGCUUAUGAAUGCGAAAAGUUAAAAUAUUAUUUGGCUCAUUUAAUAGAAGAACGUAAUAGAGUAUCAGAUUAUAUCAGCAAUUUACUUUGGGAACCACCAAAAGUAAAACAUCGUACAUUACGUGAAAUGUAUGGUUCAUUGGAAGUGGAUAAUUAUCCAAUAAUCCCAAAAAGUGUUGAUGAAAAAGAUGUGUUUGAUAUAUUAUUCAUUCGCCGCAAAAUUGAGUUGAUGUUGAGUAAACAUGAUAUAUUUACACCAUGGGUUGUCUAUCCAGACGGUGAUUUGAAAGAAUUUUUAAAACAAUCACCACAAAUUUUUUGUGAAGAUGAGACUACACGCAUAUUAAAUGCAAUGGAAGAAGAUGAAAAUGAAGCAGUAGUUGGUGAUGAAAAAGCUGCAGUUGAAUUUGAUGAAAGUAAUCGUAUUUUAUAUGGGACCACAUCACAUUUGUACAUUGAUGCAGAAUCAAUGCCUAGAUAUACACAAUUUGAGAAUCAUUCGUAUUUACAAUUUCGAUUUCUAAGUGUUUCUUAUACUUAUGCUGGUGAACAAUUAUGCGCAUAUUUUAAUAAGAAAUUUGAUGAAAUUUGUAAUUUAAAAGAGCAUGAACUAUCAAUUGUAAAUGAACGUAUUGCACGCUUUCGACAUAUUUUGUCGGAAUUAAAGAAUAACGAAAUAGUUAUUGUAGAACCAUACAUACCCGAUACAGAAGUACCAGAGAAAUUAAUUAAUGUUGAACCCCAUGAAGUACCAAUUACACCGUAUAUAUCACCAAGUGAGCAAGCCAGAUUAGAUGCAGAAGAAGCCGAACGUGAGCGAAUUCGUUUACUCUUAUUGGCGGAUGAUUUUCGCGAACGCGCAUUAAUGAAAAUGAUGGAUGGUGUUUUGGAAAUACGAUGGGAGGAUGAAAUUAAAAAGGAUAUUCCACCACCAGCUUGCAUGGUUGAGAAAGAUCCAAAAAAUUAUAACGAAGAAGACCUAUUGGCAAUAAUGGCAUGGGAGAAAGCGGUUGAAUUUCGAUUAAGUGAAAGGGAGCGAUAUCGUAAAAUGUUGGAAAAUGAGUAUCAAAAACUAGCGGUAGACUUUCGUGAAAGUAUACAAAAAUUUAAUGGUCAUUUAAAGGAAUUAUAUUUGCUACGAUUAAAAAUUAUUCAAUCGAUAAUCCAAGAGCAAUUUAUAUUUGCCAAUAAACGUAAAACUCACUUUGAACGAAUUUUGGACGCUCAAAAAGAGAAAGAAGCCGAGAAAGAAAUUUCCGAAAAUGAGAAGAUAAUUGAACAGAUUCAAAAAGAAAUCGCUUAUUUAAAUACAUCAUUAGCCGAAUGUCGAGCAAAUAUGGAGACACUAAUGAAUAAAGACCGAUUACUUGAAAAAAAUUAUCGAAAAGAUUUACCACGAGUAUCGAGUUUAAGUUUGGAUGCCUAUUUAAAAGUUUUAAGACGCCGUCCUCGAUAUCACCUAAAAUCAACUUCCCACACUUUAUAUUUCCAACUGGCCAGUUGCUUAAACACCCACAACCGUCCGUUAUUUUUACCAGACGAUAGUGUAGAAUACUUGAAAUCAUUGGAUACUUUAGAUCAAAUGGUUGGUGUUCCAAAUAUUGUUUUAGAAGAGCAUUUUGAUGCAAUUCGACGUGUCCGCCGAAUUAAAAUUGAAAGUGAAAUUCGAAUUAAAGGUAUGUCAUAUGAAUUAGCUGAAGCCGAAGCGACCAUUAAAUUUUUUACUCAAAAACUAGCAUAUCGACGUGAUUUACGUGAGAAAUUAAUCGCAAAAUUAAAUAAAACACGUUCAGACCAAUUACAUAAUUCUCACAAUAUUCUGAUACAGUUAGUAUUAAAACAAGGACUUGUGGAAGUACCCUUAAGUGGUCAUACAAAGGAUUUCGAUAGCGCAUUACUUGUAAAUCGAGAUCAGGUGCUUGACGUGAAUAGAAUAAUUAAUAAGGCUGGGCGUAUAAAAUUAGCAGCUAUGUAUAAAGAUAUGAUAUUUCGUCGUCAAAUUAUCCAAACGGAAUGGGAUCAUCAACGUAAAGUUAUGGAAAUUGAAGAUUUACAGAAUUUUAUCCGAACUAUUCAAAAAAUUAAGUUAUAUCGCGAUGUUAUCGAUUACUUAAAAAUUAAAGCAAAAGGAGAUAAUCCAGACAAACAUUUGCUAUCGUUAGACAAGGAAGAAGCAAAUAUUCGAGAAGAAUAUACGCGAUUUGUUGUACAGUCACAAGAAAAAUUCCAAGAAUUAGAGGAACGUAUAGUAGCUAAGAAACAGGAUACUGAACGUUUAAAUAAGCGUAUUAAAGAUUUGAAUAUCGAUGUUUGCGAAGAAGAGUUAAAACGAAAUAAAAAUAUGGAAAGUGAAUACAAGGACAAACAUAAUACAAGGAUUGAUAAUAUCAUGAAACGUGGAAAAUUAUUAAGAAAAAUUCAAAAGCAAUUUAAUGAAAUAUUAGUGUUACAAACUGAGCUCGAAUUAUUACGUUUACGCACUUAUCCAACGCUGAAAUAUAAUCCGAUUCAAUGUUAA